AUGGGAUCUGAGUUGACAUAUAGAGGCCACGAAACUCAAUCCAUGGCGGAUUCUUACUCACCGAAGCUUAAGAAGCCAUGGCCGGCCGUUACUCGCGUUGUUCGCUACAUGCUCAAGGAACAACGUCUUGUUUUCAUCCUCGUUGGUAUUGCCAUCGCCACCGUCUUCUUCGGGCUCCGUUCUGCAACCACCAUCUCCUCCGGUCGUAUUACCGAUGCUUACUCCGUCUCCGAGGCGGUCCAGAUGAUGAAUCCACGACGAUCUGUGUAUCCUACUGGAUUCGAUUCGUUCAAUUUGGGCGGGAAGAUUCCGUUAGGGUUGAAACGGAAGGGGUUAAGGAUUGUGGUGACUGGUGGUGCAGGUUUCGUCGGAAGUCAUCUCGUUGAUCGGUUGAUUGCGAGGGGAGAUAGCGUGAUUGUUGUUGAUAAUUUCUUCACCGGGAAUAAGGAUAACGUGAUGCAUCAUUUUGGAAACCCUAGAUUUGAGCUUAUUCGACAUGAUGUUGUGGAGCCGUUACUACUCGAAGUCGAUCAGAUCUAUCACCUUGCUUGCCCUGCUUCACCUGUUCAUUACAAAUACAAUCCAGUCAAAACAAUCAAGACGAAUGUAGUGGGGACAUUGAACAUGUUAGGGUUGGCAAAAAGAGUCGGUGCACGGUUCUUGCUAACGAGCACCAGUGAGGUCUACGGUGAUCCUCUACAACAUCCACAAGUCGAAACCUAUUGGGGAAACGUGAAUCCUAUUGGUGUCAGAAGCUGCUACGAUGAGGGAAAGCGUACAGCAGAAACGUUGACCAUGGACUACCAUAGAGGUGCUGGGGUCGAGGUGAGGAUUGCAAGGAUAUUCAAUACAUAUGGUCCAAGGAUGUGCAUCGAUGACGGUCGUGUUGUUAGUAACUUUGUUGCUCAGGCACUUAGAAAAGAACCGAUGACUGUUUAUGGUGACGGCAAGCAAACAAGAAGUUUCCAAUUCGUUUCGGAUUUGGUCGAAGGUCUAAUGAGAUUGAUGGAAGGAGAACAUGUCGGACCUUUCAAUCUUGGAAACCCUGGUGAAUUCACCAUGCUCGAACUCGCCCAGGUUGUUCAGGAGACAAUAGACCCGAAUGCGAAAAUAGAGUUCAGGCCAAACACAGAAGACGACCCACACAAAAGGAAGCCAGAUAUCACAAAGGCUAAAGAACUUUUGGGAUGGAAACCCAAGGUGCCACUACGCAAAGGUCUCCCUAUGAUGGUUUCAGACUUCAGGCAACGCAUAUUUGGCGAUCAAAAGAACAUUGGUGCCACUGCCACGACCACCUCUACCACGGAAUAGUGGCAUUUUGAGUUGAUUGUUUAGUUUUGAAUUUCUGUUUGAUUUAUUAAUAUUUUCGAUAGCGGACAAGGUUUCGAGCAGCUUGCAUGACUUACAGAAUUUACGUGUAAGGUGUACCCCAAUUUCCCCUUCGAAAUGGAAAUGGAAUUAGCAUCAAUCAUCAUCGAUUAUAUCUAUACC